AUGGAAUACGCCAGAGUGCUGGCAUCCUUCGGGUCCCUGAAAGCUGCUCUUGACGUGUACCUGCGUUGGGAAAUGUGGGACGAUGCGAUCACGGCCUAUACCCUUCUGGGACAGGCUGACCUGGUUGGUGUUACCCUCAUAUUCCCCCCUUUUGUCUACAAGGCAGCAAGCGCCCUAUUGGCGGAACAGUGUAUCCGGGACCGCAUUGCCCAUGGCGACGAAACACCCGACCUCUACUGCAGCCUCGGUGAUGUCACCAAGGAUCCUGCGCACUAUGAAAAGGCCUGGGAAUUGUCCAAUCACAAGUCAGCCCGAGCGAUGAAAGCAUUGGGCUUGCGUAGCCUCACUGUCGAUAAGGAUCUUUCAAAGGCUGCUGAGUACCUCGAGAAGUCACUGCUCAUCAACAGAUUUCAGGUGAGAAUUUGA